AUGUGGGAUUCGGAAUACACGGAUAUCUAUCUAUCUAUCUAUCUAUCUAUCUAUCUAUCUAUCUAUCUUAAGCUGUUUGUAUCAGUCAAUUUCUCAAAAUCUGUUUCUCUCUCUCUAUUUGAAAUCAAUGUCCGUGACCGUUUAUUAACGUCUCUUCCUCUCUCUAUUAAUAAAAGUUCAUAUCUAUUUUCUGUAUCAAACUCUGUUUCCCUCUCUCUCAAUUUCGAUCAUCUAUCUAUCUAUCUAUCUAUCUUGAAACGAAUUCUUAUUAAUGUUACAGACGCUUCUUCUCUCUCCGACUAUCUAUCUAUCUAUCUAUCUAUCUAUCUAUCUAUCUAUCUAUCUAUCUAUCUAUCUAUCUAUCUAUUAUACACCAUGAAUCUAUCUAUCUAUCUAUCUAUCUAUCUAUCUAUCUAUCUAUCUAUCUAUCUAUAUUUUAUACACCAUGAAUCUAUCUAUCUAUCUAUCUAUCUAUCUAUCUAUCUAUCUAUCUAUCUAUCUAUCUAUCUAUCUUUUAUACACGAUAAAUCUAUCUAUCUAUCUAUCUAUCUAUCUAUCUAUCUAUCUAUCUAUCUAUCUAUCUAUCUAUCUAUCAUAUAUUUAGUGAUUGUGUCAUAUUUAGUCGCAGGUGCGUUUGGUGAAGAUAUUUGUAUUCCAAUUAAUCUAUCUAUCUAUCUAUCUAUCUAUCUAUCUAUCUAUCUAUCACAGCGUCUUCAUAUAUAUAUCUAUCUAUCUAUCUAUCUAUCUAUCUAUCUAUCUAUACCAUAUAUCUAUACCAUUCUACACAGUAUCUAUCUACUGAGGAUUGUAGUUAUCUUGUUGAUGUCUGACAUGGUAUUUCCUAUCUGGAACGAAAAAAUAUCUAUCUAUCUAUCUAUCUAUCUAUCUAUCUAUCUAUCUAUCUAUCUAUCUAGUUGA